AUGUUGCUUAACGAGCAUACAGCGUUAGUGACUUCACAGAUCUUGCUGUGUCCUUACAGCGAACAUCAUGUACCAACAUAUCACGAAUGGAUGAAAGACAAGGAACUACAAGAGCUCACGGCUUCUGAACCUCUGAGCCUCCCUGAAGAAUACGACAUGCAACGAUCCUGGCGUCAGGACUCGGAUAAAUUGACCUUCAUCGCCUGUCUACCUCCCUCUUCACCUGCAGGCUCAAAUUCAACCAUUACGCCGAAGCAAGACGACGCACCAUCCCGCAUGAUCGGCGACAUAAACCUCUUUCUUGUCGACGACGAUGACGAUGAAGACGAGUCCAACACCUCCGUUUCUAAAUCCACCCUUGGUGAGAUCGAGCUCAUGAUAGCAGUAAAGUCUCAACAUCGAAAAGGACACGGUCGCGCUUCUCUCCUCGCUUUUAUGCACUAUAUCCUCACCAACACAUCUCCCAUCCUGCAGGAAUAUAGCAAAGGUCAAGCAGCACAUAUCCGCUACCUUCGAGUCAAAAUCUCAAAGGACAAUGUCAAGAGCAUUGCUUUGUUUGAAAGCGUUGGCUUUGUGAGGACGAGUGCAGAGGCUAAUUACUUUGGAGAACUGGAGUUGAGAUUGCAGGUCCAGGGCAGAGAAGAUAUUGUCUUGACUGAUCUGGAGAAGGUCAAAGGAUGGAACGAAACUCCUUCUAUUAUUGAGUAUCGCGAAGAGUAG